CUGAGCUUUUAGUCUCAGCCCGUCCGAGUGAACUUCAUAGAGCGGGCACACAUCGGGAUUUCAUGCACACACACAGGAUCCGUGAGGGUGGCCUCGGGUCGCAGUCCUGUAAUAUCCAGACUGUGUCGGGAGAGGGAAAAUAGAGGACUUCUUGCCUUUUUUUAAACAAAAAAUAGCUGUCUUCAGACAAUAUAUAUGCAGAAAUACUGCAAGGAACGGCAGGGGAAGGUAUAGUGGCGAUCAGUAACCGCUGCCUGGAGAAAUCGCCAGUCGUGUUUGGACUUUUUAAGGGAGUUCGUCAGGGUUUAGGCUGGGCAAAAAAAAGUGGAUUUUCAAGGUUUGUCUGCACGCACCAUGUCCUGGAUUAUUGCUGUUCUGGCGGGGCUUUGCAGCUUCACUGUGUUUUGUGGUUCGGUUGUGGCUGAUGCGAAGGCUCGGUCCUGUUCUGAGGUGAGACAGGCGUACAGUGCGAAGGGAUUCAGCCUCAACAACAUCCCCUACCAGGAGAUCUCGGGGGAGCACCUGCAGAUAUGCACACAUGGUUAUACCUGCUGCACUUCGGAAAUGGAGAACAAGCUGAGCCAGCAGAGCAAAUUGGAGUUUGAAAAUAUGGUGGAAGAAACAAGCCAUUUUCUUCGCACAACAUUUGUUUCCAGACAUAAGAAGUUUGAUGAGUUCUUCAGAGAACUCUUGGAAAAUUCAGAGAAGUCACUGAAUGAUAUGUUUAUACGGACAUAUGGCCAAUUAUACAUGCAGAAUUCUGGAGUGUUCCAAGAUCUCUUCACAGAACUAAAACGGUACUACACAGGUGGCAAUGUAAACCUAGAAGAAAUGCUCAAUGAUUUCUGGGCCCAUUUACUGGAACGAAUGUUCCAGCUGGUAACCCCCAAACAUUUCACAGAGGACUACCUCGAAUGCAUCAGCAAAUAUACCGACCAGCUCAAGCCAUUGGGAGACGUGCCUCGAAAGCUAAAAAUACAGGUGACAAGGGCUUUUAUUGCAGCUCGGACCUUUGUGCAGGGUUUGACGGUUGGCAGGGAAGUUGCCAACAGAGUAUCAAAGGUCAUUCCAGCAUUAGGGUGCAUCCGUGCUUUAAUGAAGAUGAUGUAUUGUCCCUACUGCCAUGGAGUCCCCACUGUGAAACCUUGCAACAACUACUGUCUUAACGUAAUGAAGGGCUGCCUGGCUAAUCAGGCUGAUUUGGACACAGAAUGGAAUCUUUUUAUUGAUGCUAUGCUGCUGGUAGCAGAAAGGUUGGAAGGGCCUUUCAACAUUGAAGCAGUAAUGGAUCCAAUUGAUGUGAAGAUUUCUGAAGCCAUCAUGAAUAUGCAAGAGAAUAGCUUGCAUGUGUCAGCUAAGGUUUUUCAAGGAUGUGGGCAGCCUAAGCCAAUGCCAGCUGGACGUUUGACCCGUUCUGUUUCAGAUAAUUUUAACGUAAGGUUCAGGCCCUACAGCCCAGAGGAACGUCCGACCACAGCAGCUGGCACAAGCUUGGACAGACUGGUCACUGACAUUAAGGAGAAACUGAAGCUGGCUAAGAAGUUCUGGUCUACACUGCCUUACACAAUCUGCAAUGAUGAUAAAGUGACAGCUGGUGUGUCUGAUGAAGAAGAAUGUUGGAAUGGACACACCAAAGGCAGGUACCUGCCUGAAAUUAUGAAUGAUGGUCUGACUAAUCAGAUUAACAACCCAGAAGUAGAUGUGGACAUCACUAGACCAGACACAAUGAUUCGUCAGCAAAUCAUGGCACUUCGAGUAAUGACAAACAAACUGAGAAAUGCCUAUAAUGGAAAUGAUGUAAACUUCCAAGAUUCAAUUGACGAGGCAAGUGGCUCAGGCAGUGGUAGUGGCUGCACCGAUGAAAUGUGUCCUCCAGAAUUUGACUUUUCAACCACUGAAGCUCCACCAGGGCCCAAGAAGAAUGAGCCAACAGGUUCCACAGCAGUCAGACCCUGCCUGCAUUGGCUGACCACAUUUAUCAUCUCUCUACUCCUGGUACUACAAAGACAGUGGAGAUAAUCAGUGACAUCCAAUAGAGACACUAAAGGACAAACACCAUUUUCCUUUUGGAUAUAUCAUCAAACACACAGCUCCAUCUUGGAACGGUACCAGUUUUCAAGCAGAAAGAGAUACUGCAGCCUGCUGCCAUUUUACCCAAAGACCACCAGGUGCCAUUCAGGUACAUUGCUUAAUCCUCACUCAGACCUCACAUAAAAAGAAAAACUCACUGAAGGUGACUUGCCUGCAGUUGGGAUUGUUUCCAGAUUCAUCAUCCUUUCUGCUUAUUUUAUGCACCGAACAAAAAUGACAUUCAAUAAAAACUUUUGAUUUAUACACUAAGUAAGAUUUUAAUAUCUAAGUUCUACUUUUACAGUUACCACAACGUGAAAAGAAUGCUGCAAAAUGUUCUGGAUAAUAUGGUCUAACUAUUGUAUCUCUACAGUGACAUCAAUGAACAAUGAAGUUCAGUUACAGCAGUAGUUAAAUGAUUGAAGAAUGCUGGUAGUUUAAUAACACAGUUUGCCUCAUCCAUCCAACAACUUUAUUCGGGUUGUCCUUUAGAAAAUAUGAAAAAAAAAUUUGUGGGCAGGUGCAUUUUAAAAUAGCUAUAAACGAUGGAAAUAUUUGGACUAUUAUAGAGCCUAGAGAACAAGUGAUUAAACAAACGUUUGAGUACAGUUGAGUACAGGUGAAAAAUACAUGAUUUCUGAUAGAGACCAAUGGAAUUUAUUAAUGUACAAGUAAUAAAAAUAUGAGUCAUUUUGCCAAUCACAACAGAAGAAAGAUCCAGGAAGAUUGAGCUCUGACCUUCAUGUUGAAGUGUAUGAUUAGCUUCCAUUACCUGGAUUUUUGCUGCUGGUUUUGAUUGAGUGAGAAAGAUCAUACUAGUGUGCCUGAUUUUCACUAAUGCUCCUCCAUUUGCUUGUUGCUUCAUGUCUUCUUAAUAAGUUUCAUAAAAAGUUAGAGCUCUGCAAAGUGCUACUGUAAGCCAUUUGAGAAACUCCAAAAAGUGAAAUUCUAAUUUUAUUUUCAAAUUUUCAUUCCAGCACUAGUCAUCCGUCGCUACAUUAAAAUAUAGAUAAUUCGAAGUAUUAGCUCAGGGUUUAAAUGUAAUUACAUUACCUGCAUGUUAUUGUAUCUCCAAUGCUCAGCGCAAAGACAGCCCUGGAACAUUUACACUGUUGAAACACCAGUUUUCAAUGCAAUUGGUGAAUGGUUAUUGUCUGCACCACUCACAUCUAAAGAGAGUGUCUGACACUUGUAUGGGUUUUUCCUUUUUACUACAUUCUGUGAUAGAGGUAAAUCUGUAAUAGUGAACAGACAGCUUCUGUUCCUAACAUGUAGCCUAGGUGAAAAUCCCAGAGUUUUGCAGUCACAGCUUGUACUAUUAAAGAUAAAAUAAAAAUCCAUGCCCUUCAGCACUUUGAACACAUUAUGGAGCUUUCAAAAUGUGUACAUGUUCCUGAUAUAAAGUUGAUAACAUAGCUUUGAACCAUGGGAAAAUGUGCUGAACCAAAGAUUAUUUCUAAUGUCAGAUUAUUCUGAAUCUAACUGCAUUUUACUUACUCCAAAAAAAUUAUUUCAAAGAUGAUAUGGUGCAAUUAAGUGUUAUUUUUGUGGGUAAACUUUGAUCAUUAAUUUAUUCAUCACUUUUAUGCUGGACACACUGGGAGUCAUUCUCCUAGAACAAUUCUGAACAUCUUUGAUAGAGCUCCAUUAUUGUGUUAUAGAAUUAAAGAAUAAAGCAGAACAGGAAAGCACUGGCUCAUUAUACCUGUGCUAUAUAUUGAAAGCUUGCCAUUAUUUCCACUCCUUUGUUCUUUCCCAAUUGUCCUGCACAUGUUUCUUUUUCAAGUCGAAUCCCUUCCGGAAGUUACUAUUGAAGCUACUUCCACCACCCAUUUGGACAGUACGUUCCGAGUCAAUAAGACAAAUUUUCAUCAGCAUUGUCAAUUACGUGAAAUGUUUGUUCCCUUGAUACUGACCCUCUUGCAAGUGGCAACGGUAAAUAAAAAUUACAUUGAAAUUAAUGGAACCAAAUUUCAAAAGCAGAAAAUACCAUAUAUAACCUACUGUAACAUGAAUAAUGCAACCAGAACAUGCAUUUAGCACAUGGGACCAAGGGUAAAUUUCUACUCUAGUUUUGUCAUAUUUACUCUGUCAGAAUAUCUCACAAUAUCAAAUUUCUUUUAAUAGGUAUUUUUUCAGCCAAAGAGCUAACACAUUUAAACUUUGUGAUGCAAAUACUGCUUCUAUUCAGAAAUAUUAAAUGAUUCCACUGGCUAAGAUACUCAAAUACUGUAAAUCACUCUUGCAAUCUAAAUAUGGAUGGCACAGUAGUUGUGUACUGUUUAAUCAUGGGUGGAUGAGGCCCAGAAUAUAAUUGGUGCAAUAGCCAAUUACGUAUCAAUUUACUUAGUUACUAAAUUCUAUCAUUAAAAUGUAGCUGAAAAAAGGGAAUGAAGCAGAAAAUUCCACAGUAAAUCCUGUGAGACAGAUAUUUUGGGGUAUGGAUUUCCUUCUGUGCACUGGAUGCAGGAAUAGAAUAGAAUUUAUUUAAAACGAUUAAAUUCCACAGUUGACAAGUAUUUGCUCAAUAGAAUGAUUUAGACAUGCCCAUCUGCAUGUAGAACUUGCAGUUUUUAAAAUUUUCAAAUGCUGGGUGAAAAAUGGAAUUCAAAUUGACAUUUCAUAUGACAAGUUGAAGACCUUCAAUCACAGUUAAGGUUAUAAAGAUUAGUUGUUCCAUUUUUAUAAAAUGGUUUGUGGAUUUUGGGAUAAAGAAUCAUCCAUUCUUUAAGAUAGCUAACUAGAACAUUGAAAACAAAGCCAGAAAAACUAUAGGUAAAAUGUUUCAUAAACUAUUUUUCCUGUGCUCUUGGAAAUGUAGAAUGGCAGCUGGGCUAAGAUGCAUUAUGUGGGAUGUAAGAUUGACCAGGGUGCUGGGGAUAGACAUUUGUCUGCAAUCACUUGCACAAAAUGUACAAUAUAGGAGUGAAUGCUUGUUGUAUUCCAUUGCUGAAAUUAAAUUCCUUUGUUACUUAGCAACAAGCAAAUGAGGACAAAAUUCUACAUCCUGGUGUUUUUUUAUAUAAGAAAAUAAUAAUCUGCAAACCUGAUUUAUCUAAAAAUGACAUGGAAUUACUGAAACACUGACCUUCUUCAUGUUUCUUGCAUUCUCCUGAGAUCCAUGGGAACAUCUAUCCAUGGUAUCUCCAUUUAGAUUCGUUUUUCUAAAUACCGUUUUUAUAUUUUCAUGAGCACAGAAUACUUUAAAAUAGUUUUUAAGAACAUGCUGAAUUGUGAUUUGCAUGGAAGAGAAGUUUGAUGAUUCUCUUGUUCUUGUGACUACACAUGAAAACUGCUGGGCACAUCCACUUCACUAUUAUUAACGUAUUUUUCUAUUUAUUUUAAGGGCAAAGAAUUGUGUUAAUGUAUCUUUGUGUAUGGAUACAAAAAGAAAGAUUAUUUCUAUAACUUGUAGCAAAAUCAGAAACACAAAUUUGAGCAUGUCUUUGAUUUUCAACAAAAAGCAAUGACACAGAAUCCUUACUACAAAUUGUUGCCAUUCGACAUCCAAUUUAAAGUUUAUUGAUAGUUCUUCAUCCAGAUAAGGGAAAUUGGCUGUCCUUUGUUCAGACGUGUGGAAUGUCCAAGACUAGGGUGAAAAUGAGUCCAAAUUAUAUAUUGAAAAAUUAGCUUGGAUUUGAACCUAAAUAUUUACAACAUUGAAAAGCUAACAGAAGGACAGGUAAAGCAAACAGUCCUGAAGGGAUUUGAGAUGUAAGGUGGAACUGUAGCAUUUUUACUGUACAAGUUAUUACUUAGGUAACACCUGUUUUGAGAAUCCAUUAUCUACACUAGCUACUCAUUUUUUCAUUACUUUGGUUAAAAGUCUAUCAAAGCAUUAGUUGUGAAGGAUGUGGUCCAGUACUUCAUAUGAAGACAGUAAUGGUAAACAUAAUUUUCCUCAACUUGCAACAAAUUAGUGGAAUGUGAUGGUUUCAGAGGCAACACGGGUUGAUUGGGCUGAUGAAGGCUAGGCUAUCCUUUUGGAUUUAUAAAGCUUUCUGCAAGAAUAAAAUUCAAUGUUGAGACACCAAAGCCUUUGAAGCUUCAUCCUACAGUAUAUCAGGCUCUGGAUAUAAUGUCAAAUAUGUAUGUCUUUACUCUCUAUGCAGGUAGUGGUAUAGUCUGAGAACAUAGUGCAAUUUUUAGUGAUUUCACAUUGUCAUUAGCGGUGAAAUACCUCUCUUCACUUUUCUCAUUGAUAAAGCUGAUAUGAGUAGGAAGCUCUUUUCACAGCAUUAUACUCAAAUCAACUUUUUCAGUGAUUUUGUUUUUAACUAAUAAAGUUCUGCCGUAUUACUAAAUGCAAAUGUUUGACAUAAACUUACUUGUAAUCUCCAUUUGGUCACAUAUUAGCCUUAAUUUUCUAAAUACUUCCUUGAACACUCAGGAAGAAUGAUAUUUAUCAAGAUCUGUAAUAUUUCUAAAAUUAAAGUUUAGUAUGCAUUGUAUUACAUCAUCAUCAACUAAUCAUGAUGCAGAAACUAGAUCAUAUGAUCUAAAGUUAUUUUAUGAUGGUGAGUGAACAGCCUUAGGUUGAUGAUUUUUUUUAUUUGUUUACAGUGCACAAACUGUCAUACGACCAUUUAACAUUAUGUGAUAUGAUAUGUUAUUUUCUGGUAUCAAAUAGUCAAAUAAA